GACGAAGAAGAAGGAAGGCGAGCUUUUUGAUACCAGGCCACGACCUGCCACGGCCAGUCGCUAACAUAUAAAAGGUUACAUAACUUCGAAAAUUGUGAAUAGAUCUUAGCUUUGUGUGAUCUUCCUAGAGGGAGGCGUCGAGACAAGUCUCUUCUGCAGCACCUUUCCAUUGAUAUUUUGACUUUGGUACAUCAUUUCAUCAAUUUCAAACGGAUCAUCAUGGCUGAUGAUUUUGACGUUGAGGCCAUGCUGGAGGCUCCAUUCAGAAAGACUUCCCUAAUGAUAUCUCACCUCUACUCCCAUGAAUUCAUCUUUGAUUCCACUGUGAACUGUGAAAAAAAGGAAGGUAGUUAUUGUGCAUAUACUGAUGUACUGUGGUCCACCUUAGGAGUAAAAGAGAUUCAACCUAGAACAUCCAAUCCCUAUUCGGUUGCAACAAGGUGAAUGCCAAUGGUUGAUAAGCCCAUCUUUAACUGUCCAGAAAAGGAGGCAGUAUUCAGAUUUACAAUCUGCAUGCCAACACUGUUUCUCAACAGUCCUGUACAAACCGCAUAAAACACGACUUCUGAAAUUACUUGGACUUUGUGGCUUUAACAAAAAUGUUUAAUUCUGUAGCCUGAAGUAAUUAAACUUCGACGAAACUGCUCUUUAGUUAGAAACCUGUAUAACGUUGUGUUUUUAAGUCAUUAAGGGAUACUGAAUUGUGAUAUCAAUCUAUAACUGUUUUAAAUCAAUUAGCUGUAGUUUGACAACAGUAUGCUUGAAAAUGCAGAUAUUGCAGUUGUGGAGCUUCAUGGUUCCAGCACAUGUGCCAUGUCAUGUUUUUAUGGCAAAUCACAGGUGAAUAAUUAACUUUUCUUGCAAGUGAAUAUGAAUACUGCCUCUUUUCCAUAGUCAACUGUUAUGUGAAUCAGCAUCUUAAUUUUGCAUGCUACACAAAACCAAAGAUAUUGAUAUAUUUUUUAGAAUGAUUGUAAAAUAGACUAUCCUGCAUCAUUGUUUUUAUAGUCAGUUCUUUUUCAGUAGAUAAUAAUUCCUUAAGUCAAAAGAUUGGAAAUAUUACUUAUACUUUAUUCAGACUAAAGAUAAUGGCAGUAUAACACGUGGCUGAAUUGAUGGAUUAUUUCUUUUUUUUAUUUCUUCAUUAUUUUCCUUGGGCGUCAAUAUUACUAAGAAGUGUGAAUCCCUGUUUGCUUCAGGGCAAGAUGUGUGACAGAGGUGGCAUCGAGCUCUUACAGUCCAAGAACGAAAAUGGGUGAAGAUCACUGGACUGACACCAACCACACAGGAUCUCUUUUAGUGGUCGUGGGCCAUGCGUGGUCACAUGAUUAGGCACAAAUAGUGGCUUUGGUACGACCUAUAAGGAGGGGAAUGGUGGAGAUGAUCUGAAAGCUUCCUGAACUCUGCUAAUAUGUUGGAGACUCCCUUAACUUUGCUUUGUUGCAUUAAGUACUGAGCAGCCUUGUAAAAAGCAGAAGUGGGAUGGGAAGCUAUUGGGGUGGUGGAAGGACACUGUCCAGACAUGACAGUAGGAAGUUUUGAAGUAUUAUUAUUAUUAAUUAUAUACAUUCUGCAUUUUCUCUUGUCCCACCCCCACCCCCUUUACCUUGACGACUUGAAAUGUUUCAUCUACGUCCUCAUGAUGUUCUUCUAUCAACCUUGCUUAGGAUGAGAUCAGGUCCUCUCAUGCAAAUGGACAUGACGGCCAAAACAAGAAGAAAAGGAGGAGUCGUAGUAAGAGCCGAAGCCCAGGCUCUAAGAAGAAAAGGAGCAGAAGCAGAGACAAAAAGAAGAGUAAGAAGAGGAGCAAGAGCAGAGAAAGAAAACGGACCCGCAGCAAGGAGCGCCAUCGGAGCGGCUCCCGAAGCAAGGAGCGCUCCGGGCGCUACAGGGCCCGCAAGAGCCCGGUGCGGAAACGUUCCAAAAGCCGCAGCCCUUUCAAAAAAGAGAAGAGUCCCAUCCGAAACUUUGAGGAUGCUAUCGGGCAGUAUAACAAAAUCAGGGAGCAACCAAUUGACAAUCUCACACCAGAGGAGAGGGAUGCCCGCACAGUUUUCUGUAUGCAGCUGGCUGCGAGAAUCAGAGCUCGAGACCUGGAAGACUUCUUCUCGGCUGUCGGAAAAGUAAGAGAUGUGAGAAUGAUAUCUGACAGAAACUCCAGGAGAUCAAAGGGCAUCGCAUACAUCGAGUUUGUGGAGUCUUCCUCUGUACCGCUGGCUAUCGGUUUGACCGGCCAGAGGCUGUUAGGAGUGCCCAUCAUCGUCCAGGCCUCGCAGGCAGAGAAAAAUCGCGCUGCAGCCGCGGCCAACAAUCUACAGAAGGGCAGUUCAGGCCCGAUGAGGCUGUACGUCGGCUCGCUGCACUUCAACAUCACUGAGGAAAUGCUGCGAGGGAUCUUUGAGCCUUUUGGAAAGAUCGAGGGAAUCCAGCUAAUGAUGGACAGUGAGACCGGACGAUCCAAAGGAUAUGGCUUCAUAUCGUUUUCAGAUGCAGAAUGUGCAAAGAAGGCCCUGGAGCAGCUGAACGGCUUUGAGCUGGCCGGACGUCCCAUGAAGGUGGGGCAUGUUACAGAGCGCUCCGACUCGUCGACAGCCAGCUCCUUCCUGGACAACGAUGAGCUGGAGAGGACCGGCAUCGACCUCGGCACCACGGGGCGCCUCCAGCUGAUGGCUCGACUAGCAGAAGGAACUGGUCUGAAGAUCCCUCCUGCCGCUCAGCAGGCUCUACAGAUGACCGGGUCCAUACCCUUCGGAAACAUUUCUCAACAAUCUGUUCAUUCUCAAGCGCAAAACCAAGCCUUGAACCUCCCGUCACAACCGCUGGCCACUCACUGCCUUCAGCUCUCCAACCUGUUCAACCCACAAGCAGAAAAUGAUCUCACCUGGGCCGCUGAGAUCCAAGAUGAUGUUAUUGAAGAAUGUAACAAACAUGGAGGGAUUGUUCACAUUUAUGUUGAUAGGAACUCUGCUCAAGGUAACGUGUACGUGAAGUGUCCCUCAAUACCAGCAGCGAUGGCAACUGUAAAUGCACUUCAUGGACGCUGGUUUGCAGGCAAAAUGAUAACGGCUGCCUACGUUCCCCUACCAACCUACCACAACCUUUUCCCUGAUUCAGUCACAGCGAAGCAGCUUCUAAUGCCGACACGUCGAUAGUCUGAGACAUGCUUAAGAAAUUCAGUGUAAAUACUUUGUUUGCAGUCAUGGAGGUGUCGUUGAAACAGACGCAUUGGAAUUAGAUGGCUGUGUGUAAUAAAAGUUGCCUCAACUUCCUGUGUUCACCAUUGAAGAAUAGGCAGGGUGUUUUUUUUUUGAGUUGCUUUUCACAUUUUUUGUGGGUUUGUGUUGUAAACUACCACGAGAAGUAAUCUGCAGUUAUCUAUUGGUCUGUAUGUUUUUAAAUAUUCCUGUCUUAUCUGCUUGUUUAAAUCACCAAUUUUAGAUUUAAAAUUGCAAAAGAGUUACAAAACUGUUGGGUUAUAGGCCUUAAAUGCCAAAAGUAUAUCAAUGUCGACAAUAAUCCUUUGUAACUUUUUACAGCCAUAAUUUCAUUUUUUGUAUGAAGGCUCCCAAUAAACUUUGGCAAAUUUGACAAUUCA